GGGUUCACCAACCCUGGCUGUUGACAACACGUACCUGCUGUUCUCCACCUACUUGGUGUUUGCUAUGCAGCUGGGUUUCGCCAUGCUGUGUGCCGGUUCGGUGCGGGCUAAGAACACGAUGAACAUUAUGCUCACCAACGUGCUAGACGCUGCUUGCGGUGGCAUCUCGUAUUACGUGUUCGGAUUCGCCUUCGCUUUCGGACAAGGUGGGAAGCCCAAUGGUUUUAUCGGUCACGCCAACUGGGGUCUCCAGAAUGUCCCCAACGCCAGCUUCGAUUACAGCUUUUUCUUGUUUCAGUGGGCGUUCGCGAUCGCUGCCGCGGGAAUCACAUCCGGGUCGAUUGCGGAGCGCACGCAGUUCGUAGCGUACCUGGUGUAUUCGUCGGUGCUGACUGGAUUUGUGUACCCGAUUGUGUCUCACUGGCUGUGGUCGACGGAUGGUUGGCUGUCGGCGACGAAGAGUGUGGGUCCCGGCGGGCUGUUGUUCGGGAGUGGGGCGAUCGACUUCGCUGGUAGCGGCGUGGUGCACAUGGUGGGAGGGCUGGCUGGGUUCUGGGGCGCGUUCAUAGAGGGACCACGAAUUGGACGAUUUGACAAAUCUGGGAACUCGAUGAACUUUCGCGGUCACAGUGCGACGUUGGUUGUGUUGGGGACGUUCCUGUUGUGGUUCGGAUGGUACGGAUUCAACCCGGGGAGCUUUCUGAAGAUUCUGGUGCCAUACGAGGGAGUGAAGGGCAACUGGAGCGGAGUUGGGAGGACUGCAGUGACGACGACGUUGGCGGGAUCGACAGCGGGAGUGACAACAUUGUUCGGGAAGAGGUUGUUGGAUGGGCACUGGAACGUGCUGGAUGUGUGCAACGGGGUGUUGGGAGGGUUUGCGGCGAUCACAGCAUCAUGCGCCGUGGUGUCUCCAUGGGCGAGUAUCAUCUGCGGGUUUGGAGCUGCAUGGGUGCUGAUCGGCUUCAACAGGCUUGCUGCUCGUUUCCACUACGAUGACCCCCUUGAAGCUGCUCAGCUUCACGCCGGUUGCGGAGCAUGGGGUCUUCUGUUUGUGGGACUUUUCGCUGAGAAGAAUUACGUUCAGCAAAUUUAUGGUGGCAACGCCGACAGACCUUUUGGUCUAUUCAUGGGAGGCGGUGGCAGGUUGCUAGCUGCCCAAAUCGUUCAAAUUCUUGCGAUUACGGGUUGGGUGACUGUGACGAUGGGCCCGCUGUUUCUCGCCCUUCACAGGUUCCGGCUGCUGCGUAUCUCCUCCGAAGAUGAGAUUGCAGGUAUGGAUUUGACGAGGCAUGGAGGUACUGCAUAUAUUCACAACGACGGCUCGGAGCAGUUGGUGCACUUCACUACGAAGGGGGAUAAGAAUCACAAUGGUAAAAUCCCAAUCUAAAUGCGUCUUGAACGUCCAUGGCGUUGAUUCGGAGCGACAUGGUUCAGUUGGUAGAUUUAAGCUCUUACUGGUGGAGUGCUCUUGGUGUAACGUCGAAGCCACACUCGCAGCCGCACUGCGCUUCGUGAUGUGCCCCCAGUUGCACAGAAGUUAUCAUUUGCCAUCGCUUUUGAAGAAGUUGCCUCGAUAUGCCCUUCCUCUGCGCAGCACCCUCGAGGAUGGGUUGAUGUGCUGGGACUGAUUCUUGUCACUUCGUGAAAAGCCUUCAGGUGGCUUACUGAAAGUACCAAUUAGGAUCUGAUUUCUGUGUCAGACUUAGAAUGACAGCCUAAGAAGCUUUAUCUCGUGACUUUAACAGCUGAGACUCAGCAAUCUAUUUGAGGUCGCGUGUGCCAAAGAAGGCAAUAUUCCAGUUCAUGGUUGCAAUCCUCACUGUUUUUUCCUCAAAUCGAGGUUCUUUUUCAUCGUGGGAACUAAUAAAUACGUGUUGGAACAACUAAUA